CCGAGAUCGUAAAUCAUUAGCAAGUAGACAGCGUAACAGAAAUGACGUGUUUUAUGUAGCUGAUUGUCAGUGUUGAAUUUGAAUUUAAAUCUACAACAAUGAUGUGGUCAGUUUUAGAGAUUGUUGGAUUCCUUGUUGCAAUAUUGAUUUUGCUGUACUAUUAUUCCACAUCGAUUUUGGAGUACUGGAAGAAACGAGGCGUGAAAGGACCGAAACCUAUCCCAUUUUUGGGAAACUUUAAGGAUGUGUAUCUUGGAAGGAUUUCAAUGAACGACUGUUUCGUGAAAGCUUAUCGCGAGUUCAAGGGUGAACCGAUGGUCGGAGUGUUUAGUGGUCACAUCCCACAUUUAGUUCUAAGGGACCCGGAUUUAAUAAAAGAUGUUCUUAUUAAAGAUUUCCCUAACUUCGUGGAGAGAAUGGUUGUCCCUAACGAGGUUGAACCAUUAGCAGAUGAACUAUUCAGCAUUGAAGCAAAAAGAUGGAAACCCUUAAGAGCCCGUCUCUCGCCUGUUUUCACUUCAGGAAAGCUGAAAGAAAUGUUCGGUUUACUGGUAGAAUGUGGAAAUCAUUUUGAAGAGUACUUAAAGAAACUGGUUGAGAAGAGCGAAUAUAUUGCGACCCGUGAGAUAUCUGCAAAAUAUACUACCGAUGUGAUCGGUUCCUGUGGGUUCGGGAUAGAAAUGAACGCGUUAGCAGUAGAAGACAGCGAAUUUCGUAAAAUGGGCAGAGCAAUCGUCCGAACAAGUGUGAAAUCUGUUAUUAAAGACAGACUGCGGGAAUAUCCGUUCCUAUUUAAGAUCUUCGGACGAUUCCUUCUCGAUUCUGAAGUCGAUGACUUUUUCAUAAGAAUCACCAAAGAAAGUAUAGAUUAUAGGAUAAAGCACAAUUUUCAUAGACAUGAUUUCAUUGAGACUUUGGUAAACAUGAGAAAGGAUCCUGGAGAUAUUAGUGAUAAACAGUUGAGCGACGCCUUCUUGGCUGCACAAGCCUUCGUCUUCUUUAUUGCUGGUUUCGAAACUUCUUCGUUAACUAUCACUCAUGCUUUAUACGAGUUAGCAUUUAAUCAGUCGAUUCAAGACACAGUUCGAGCAGAAAUUAAGGAUGUUCUAAAACGCAACAAUGGAGAGAUCACAUAUGACAGUAUAAGUGAACUGAAAUAUUUAGAUGCAGUCUUUAAAGAAACAUUACGAAAAUAUCCGGUAGUAUUAUGGUUAUCCAGAACAGCAAUGACUAAUUACACGUUUUCGGGUACAAAAGUCACCAUUCCGAAGGGUCAACACGUAGUCGUGCCCGUUGAUGCUAUUCAGAAUGAUCCAGAUAUUUUUCCAGAACCGGAAGUCUUUGAUCCUAACAGAUUUCUUGACGAUAAUGCUAAGGGCAGACAUCCAAUGUUUUAUAUACCGUUCGGAGAUGGCCCAAGAAAUUGCAUUGGCGCAAGGUUUGCUAAGAUUCAAACCAAGGUAGCGAUGAUCAAAAUUUUAUCAAAUUUUAAAGUAGAUCCAUGUGAGAAGACUUCUAAGUACAACAGAGAUCCAAAAUCACUGAUGCUUUUGCAACCAGGGCAUGGAAUAUAUCUAAAAAUGACAAAGAUUUAAGCAUAGAGUAAGAGGAAUCAUUUAGCACUAAGCUGCGGUAGAUUUGAAAAUUUGUUUUAGGGACUUCAUAUAUUGGAGGUAUAUGAAAUAGAAUACAUAGUUAUUAUAGUUACAUUAUUCUUAACCAAUUAACCCUUGAACAACGACGCCUGGGUUAAUCGAUAUCCAAACUUACAAAAUGUAUACAAGGAUAUUAACCUAAAGUUAAAUAUAUAAUUUUUAAACGAAAGAGUUUCAUAUGUUGAAAGAAUAAUUUUUAAAUGAACAGUAUAAAAUUAAAAAAUGGAAAAUAAUAUGAAGUGCAAAAAAUAAAAAUUGAGGGUCUCCAUGGUUCGCCGUCCGAAGAUUAACAGUGCAGUAAAGAUUCGAUGAAAGCGAAACAGAUCUGUUCGAUGAAA